AUGGAGACUCAAAAGUCGGACGCAAAGCAUGCAGAAGAUGUCAAGGAUAUAGAAGAAUACGAAGGUGCAGUGUCACACAUCGACAAAAUCGACAAAAUAGCCAACUACAACGAUUCUAUCGAGAGCACCAAGGUCUCAAGAGCCGUUUGGCUCAUCACCUUUACUGUAGCAACGGGCGGGUUCCUCUUCGGCUAUGACACGGGCGUCAUUUCAGCUGUGUUGGUCACACUCGGAAGCGAUCUGGGCCACGAGCUGUCCUCGAGCGAGCAAGAGAUGGUCACUUCCUUGACAUCCGGCGGAGCCUUGGUCGGCGCUCUGAUCGCAGGUCUCCCGGCAGACAAAUACGGGCGGAAAUUUGGCAUAUAUGCCGGCUGCGUGUUGUUCUUGAUCGGCUCCGUAAUCCAGGCUGCCUCCUUUACCGUCGCGCAGAUGGCUGUCGGACGGUUUAUUGUUGGCCUUGGAGUCGGCUCGGCAGCUAUGAUCAUUCCUUUAUACAUCGGUGAACUUGCUCCAGCACCACAUCGCGGGCGAAUGAUAGCACUUGACAACCUAAGCGUGACCUUUGGUCAAUUGAUUUCAUACGCCCUCGGCGCCGCGUUCACUGAGGUUCCCCAUGGCUGGCGAUAUAUGGUGGCUGCGGGCGGUAUACCUCCUAUAAUCCUCGCUGCCCUCCUGCCGAGAUGUCCCGAGUCACCCCGGCAAUUACUUGCCAUGACAGGGUCGCUGAGGCCACAGAGUGCAUUAGGCGCGUCUAUCCCGAGGCUACAGAGGAACAAGGCGUUGAUCACUGCCUGUGCGGUGAUGGCAAUCUCCCAACUCGGCGGCUUUAAUACUCUGAUGUACUACUCCGCGACGCUGUUCUCCCUCGUCGGCUUCAAGAAAGCUACCGCAGUAUCGAUCGUCGUCGGCGGCACCAACAUGAUAUUCACACUGGUUAAUAUGUUGUUCAUCGACCGCCUAGGGAGGCGCAAGAUCCUCCUCAUCACGGUUCUAGGAAUGGCACUAAGCAUGGUCGUCGCCGCCGUCGCGUUCCACUGGAUACCCAUUUCUCGCGACCUGGUCCUCGAGUCAGACACCGUGAACUGGGCCGGCAUCCUGGUGCUCGUCACCAUCAUCUUCUACGUGGCCUUCUUCGCCAGCGGCGUGGCCACCAUCGGCUGGGUGGGCACCGAGCUCCUGCCGCUCGAGGUGCGUGCCCUGGGCACGAUGAUGAACACUGUGACCUGCUGGGGCUGCAACAUCAUCAUUGCGUCGACGUUUCUGUCGAUGAUGAAGGCGUGGACUCCAAGCGGUGCUUUCGGCUUCUACGCGGCGAUCUGCUUCUUUGGCUGGGUUUUCGUCGUUUUCUUGUACCCCGAGGUGAAGGGUCUGCCAUUGGAGGAUGUCAGGCAGAUAUUCGAGCAUGAUUUUGGUGUCAAGGCAGCCGCGAGAUUGCAGAAAGAGCAGAAAGCAAAGCGCCAAGCUGGUUUGGCCUAG